AAGAGGAAAAUAUUUUGGUCCGGAAACGGUCUAAUAAUUGAGUGGCAGUAGCGUAUGGAUUUGCCUGUACCCAAAAAAACACUUUUCAACGGCCGACCACCAGGCUCUCCUUUUCCCUCUCAGAUCUCGACCUUCUUCUCCUAUUUCCAUUUUUUUUCUCUCUUUUUUCAACCACUCCACAAUCUAUCACACUUCACUCACCACUUUUUCUUUCGGAUAAAAUCAUCCUAAUUACUAAUUACUCACUGCAACCAUAGUAUUCGUGGAUCGGGGUUUUCUACUCUUGCGUUGAUCUCCAUGGCUGCCCCUCCUGCAAGAGCUCGAGCCGAUUACGAUUACCUUAUAAAGCUUCUCCUCAUCGGCGAUAGCGGUGUAGGUAAAAGUUGUCUUCUGUUGCGUUUCUCAGAUGGAUCUUUCACUACUAGUUUUAUCACAACCAUUGGCAUUGAUUUCAAAAUAAGGACCAUAGAGCUUGAUGGCAAGCGAAUCAAAUUGCAAAUAUGGGAUACAGCUGGUCAAGAACGGUUUCGAACUAUUACAACUGCUUAUUACCGUGGAGCCAUGGGUAUUUUGCUUGUGUAUGAUGUCACUGAUGAGUCCUCUUUUAACAACAUCAGGAAUUGGAUUCGCAACAUUGAGCAGCAUGCUUCUGACAAUGUCAACAAGAUAUUAGUGGGGAACAAAGCUGACAUGGAUGAAAGCAAAAGGGCUGUUCCAACUUCAAAGGGUCAAGCUCUAGCAGAUGAAUAUGGCAUCAAGUUUUUUGAGACUAGUGCAAAAACUAAUUUAAAUGUGGAUGAAGUUUUCUUUUCAAUAGCUCGGGACAUCAAACAAAGACUUGCAGAUAGUGACUCAAAGAAUGAGCCCACGACACUAAAGAUUAACCAACCAGACCAGGGAGCAGGGUCUGCUCAACCAGCCCAAAAAUCUGCUUGCUGUGGUUCUUAAAAGGGAAGCUCUAGCAGAUACAUUUGACCGAAAAAAGUUAAUUUGUCAUCGACUUUCAUCAGUGCUUGUAUUGUGCUUAUUAUUUCACAGUUGCUAUACUCAUUGGGUGUGAAUGGUAGAUCCUACCUAUGUCGGGAAAUUAAUUAUAUAUCCAUUUGUUGUUGCUACUGUUCAUUCUUUUUCCCGGAGCUUGACCAGGCACUGCUGCCUACCUUUGCCGAAACCAAGAUCCGCACCAUUCGCUUACUUGGCGCUCCAAAUUUUUCUAUGCUUUAUAUUUCACAACCUUGGCGUUUCUAUGGAAAAAAAGCCUUCAACACCCAGCGAUGCCCAUCUUGAUCUACUUUCUUACAUUUGAUGUUUCUUGGCCGUAGCUAGAGAAUGACUUACGGAAAUUUUUAGAUAAAUCUUUACAAGGGAAGAAAAUUAAUAUAAAUAUUUUUUUAUAC